AUGGCUGAAGCCAAGACCUCUCCCGACCAACAUACCCCAGUCGAAUUCUGCACUCUGGGAAUGUUCAUCCUCGAUGAUAUCGACUUCGGCGACUCCAGGCCCGGAGUGAAAAACAUCCUUGGCGGAGCCGCAUCGUUCGCUGUAGUGGGUGCCCGUUUAGUAGCAGGCCCUGCGCAUGCCCGGUCCGUGAGCUGGAUCGUGGACAUGGGUUCUGAUUUCCCACCAGAAGCCCUGGAAGCGAUCAAGUCAUGGAACACUGACUGUGUUUUCCGACAAGACCACAGCAGGCUGACUACCAGGGCAUGGAACGGGUAUCACCCCAGUGAGAAACGAGAUUUUAAGUAUCUCACCCCAAAGUUGAGGCUGGAGCCAUCAAUGCUCUCAGACACUCAAGUGUGGUCGCGGACCUUUCAUAUGGUCUGCUCUGCCUCCCGGUGCAUUUCAAUUGUACAAGAUAUUCUGCGCCGAAGAGAUGCGCUACACCAAGCGGGUCAAGCCCCAUCCACCACACACGCCUCGAACCGACCUAUCUUUGUCUGGGAGCCGGUGCCCGACCUCUGCACACCAGAGGAGCAGGAAAAGUUCUUCGAAGCCAACCGGGUAGUGGAUGUGGUUAGCCCUAAUCAUUUAGAGCUUGGGAUGAUGUUUGACCAGCCUGGUUGGACCGAAGAAAGUACCGAAUUGGUCCAAAAGAUUCUCGAUUCCGGCGUUGGACCGGACGGGAAGGGCUGUCUGGUUAUCAGAGCUGGAAAGGACGGGAGCUACGCCUACUCGAGAAACCAAAAGAUUUGGCUACCGGCAUAUCAUCAGCCCAACUCCUCGGGCACUACGGCUGUGCUCGACCCCACGGGUGCGGGCAAUUCGUUUCUAGGGGCAUUGGCUCAGGGAAUGGUGAGUGCGGGUCGUGCACCGUUCCAGGUCAUCGACUCCGUCUUGGAACAGUCGGAAAACUGGAGGAAGGAAGUGGAUGCCUGGGGACAGCAACGGGACUUGCUCCUGGCGCUCAUCUGCGCCACCGUCGCAGCAGGGUUCGUGGUGGAACAGAUUGGGGUGCCGCAGAUAUCCGGGGCAGGAAAUGGCAGGGAAUUGUGGAACCAGUCUGAAUUCACGGAACGACUCCGUCUGUACACGCAGCGAUUAUUUAGAACAUAG